ACAAUAACAGCUCUAACCUUCCGAGACUCGUAAUCUCGUUUGCUAAAUCAACUGUGUGUCGAAGCAGAAUCGGUUACCACCGAGCACCAAGCUAGCUGUUUGUUGUUUGUUGGCCACCAUCGUCCACGACAAGAGCCGUCAGUAGUGAGCCGUCGCACCAUUAGGUGGUGGCUGUUGUGAAUCUCGAGUGCCAAAACCAGCAUGGUCGGUUGUGUAUCAAGACGAUUAGUUUGAGGAAAAAAGUACCCGCACCAGCCAUGGACGAUAGCACGAAAAGCCACCAGAUGCUGCUGCUAAUACUGUUGGCCGCGUUGGUGGGCCCAUCGGCUGCAGCGUUGGCGCCCAGCACGCGCGACAAUACCUCCCUGCACGAGCGCUUGACGGCGCUCGAGAGCACCAUAACGUCCCGAGAUGAGGAGCUCGCCAAGAUGCUGCAGCUGCUGCUCACCAAUCAGCGCGAAAUACUCCGACUGCUCCAGCAAGACGCUCCCAAAGUGUUCUGCGCAACGGACGGCACGCAGCAUCAACCACCAACGCAACCAGCGCGCCCAUGCAACCGUGACCACUCGUUCACUAACUCGCUCCAUCCUGGAUCGCUCCAGCCUCCGGGCAACGCUACCGCGCCCUCGACCGCUGCCUACCGCCAGGAAGCGCACCCGGCCGGCACGCAUCCGCGCAGCUGCCGCGAAAUCCCAGACGGCAUGUCGGGCGAGGAGCUGAUCUACCCGUCGGCCGGCCCGUCCGGCCCGGGCGAACCGCUCGAGGUGUACUGCGACCAGGACUUCGAGGACGGCGGCUGGAUCGUGAUCCAGAACCGGUUCGACGGGUUCGUCAACUUCAACCGGAGCUGGGAGAAGUACCGCGACGGGUUCGGCGACAUCGGUACCGAGUACUGGCUCGGGCUGGACGAGAUCCACCGGCUUACGGUGGCGGUGCCGCACGAGAUUGCGUUCGUGGCCGAAUCGUUCAAGGGCGAGCGGCGCUGGGCCCGCUACAGCCUGUUCGAGAUCGGGGGCGAAACGGACCGGUACCGGCUGCAGAAGCUCGGCGUCUACUCCGGUACGCUCGGCGACGAGUUCACGUACAAUCUGGGCAUGCAGUUCUCGACGUACGACCAGGACCACGACCAGUACGGCGAUGUGAACUGUGCGCACCGGACGGCGGCCGGCUGGUGGCACCGGAGCUGCACCCGCAUCAACCUGAACGGGCUGUACGGGAACGAGUCGGGCGUCCGGUUCGCCUACUGGCUCGACUGGCUCCAUCUGCAGGGGCUGAAGCGUACCCGCAUCAUGAUACGGGAGAUAAAGAAGCGCCGCAAGUAGCCCGCGGGUUUUCGCCUCUCUGCUGCUAGGAAAAUAAACUGAAAGCACCAGCACAAUCAA